AAGGUCCCUUAAACCAGUUUAAAUCCAUCAUUUAUGGGUGCAGCUCCUCCAUCCUCUCACCAUUCUGUGGUUUUCACUAAAACGACUCAUUUCCUUCAGAGACAGAAAUUAAUAAGUUCUGAAGGCUCCGGAGGAUUUAAAUCACCUCUUCUUCCUCCUCCUCCUCCUCCUCCUCCGGUCCGCGGAACCCUGCAGCCGCCCGGCCCGCGAUGGGAGGGGUCUACCGGAGCUGCCCUCUACCGGACCGACCGGAGCAGCUUCAGUCCGGGCUGCAGACGGAGGAGCUCGGAGGACGAACCGCAGCCGGAACGCGUUAAGGUGGAAUUCGAUUUAUCAUCGUGUUGAUGCAGGAGCUGAGAGCUGCUCGUUUCUCCUGCUGGACCUGCAGGAAGGAGCGGCUUGACAUGGAGGAUUUCUGCUGCAAACCUGCAAACAUGCGGAGAAAUUAAAGUUGUUUCUGCGCCUCGGAGACUUUCGUCUGCUGGCGGCGGAGGACGCAUGGGCUUGGCUCAGUCCGGCUCAGGCUCCGAUGGCUGACCUGGAACUGUUCUACUUUGAGCAUCAGCCCGAACCAAAGGACGCCUCGCUGCUGCUGAAGGCUGUCAGCGAGAGGAAGUGGCUCCAUCCCGGAGGAGGAGACGCUUCGGAGCCGCGGAGAGCUGCGCGCCCCGAGGAGGAGACGUCCUUCACUGGUAAGCAUGAAGAGGAGGAGGAGAAAUGUGUCCAGCUGACUCAGAGCUCCUCCAGUGAACUGUACGAGGAGGAGGAGGAGGAGGUGAUGGACGAGGAAGAGGAGGAGGACCUCCAGGAACUUUACUUGCUCUCGGACGACGACCUCUCCACCGACGGCUCCGGGAAGUCGGUGGACUACGGCUUCAUCAUCGCGGUGACCUGCCUGGUGACCGGCAUCUCCCUGGUGGCCAUCUCCUACACGGUGCCCCGGGACGUGCGCGUGGACCCGGACAGCGUGUCCGCCCGGGAGAUGGAGCGCCUGGAGCGGGAGAAAGCCCGGGUGGGAGCCCACCUGGACCGCUGCGUGAUCGCCGGGCUGUGCCUGCUGACUCUCGGCGGGGUGCUGCUGUCCACGCUGCUCAUGGUGUCCAUGUGGAAGGGCGAGAUGAUGCGCAGGAGAGCCUUCGCCUUCUCCAAACACGCCGCCAAGCUGUACGGCUCCGUGAGCCUGAGAGGAGGCUCCAGCCCCACACACCUGUCAGCUGACGAGGAUUUAGAGGCGCUCAGCUGAAUUUAGGGACGAGACAAGCGGAAAAGACUCGGAAAGUCGUGGAGGAUCCUGACAGCUCUGUCCUCUAAUCGGAGGGUUUAACACCUUUUUAAUUUCUGACAGCUGAGGCUGCUUCUUUAACCCUCUGAACCCCCACUGGCUCGUUUUUACCUACUGUGAGCUCGUUUUACUUUGUAAAGUCCUGCACAUCUGUGGAAACAACGCAAGGACAGUUAACUUGUUAAAUCUGCAGUUUUAAUGCCAUGAAUACUGAAAGAAUACAAAGCAAAAGUUGCAUUUCUUUGAUUAUUUAUUUUGUAAAAACUGAAGAAGUCAUCCAUAAAUGCCUGAAACCUGUUUCCAAGUGGCCACAGGUGUGACCAACACUGCCAGGUAAAUGGUGCCUCUAAUGCAGACUUACUACGUUUUCAUUAGCCUCCAUGCUACACAGCCUGCAGUUCAACCCAGUCCCAGAAUUUUAUCUUCAUCUGUGCCACAAGAAGUGCAGAAGUUUUUUUCUUUUUUCUUUCUUUUUUUUUUUUUACAGAGUCAGGUUCAAGCACAUGGGUAGUUUUUGCCAAUUUUUAAAAUAAGUCAUGUGGAUUAAAGUGAUUUUGAUGAAAGCUUAGAUUUGGUUGUUCUUCCUGAUGAGCAGAAAAAAAUAAAGUUGAAUUUCUUUGAUUAUUUAUUUAGCAAAAAUAGAAGAAGCCAUCAAUCGAUAAAACAUAUUUCCAAGUCGCCACAGGUGUGACCAACACUGGAGAAAAAUGGUGGCUCUACGUGUUACAACAGACUUCCUACUUCUCACAUUUUCCACGCUACACAGCCUGCAGUUCAACUGAAAACUUGUAGAAUUUUUGUCACGUGACUGUUGGUCACAGCUGAAUCACACAUGGCUUAAUAAUUUCCCCAAGAAGUGCAGAAUUUUUAGUGUUUUUGCAGAAUCUGGUUCAAGCAAACUGCUGACUUUGCUGAAAUUUUAAAUGAGACGCUUGUUAAAGACAUUUUGAAUGACUAAAGUUGAAUUUGUUCGAUUUUUUUUUUUUUUUUUUUUGGUCUAAUUAUUUUUUUUUUAAUGUUGCACAUCUCAAGUUCUAUUUUUUCAAGCACCUGCAUGUGUUACCAACUGUAGAAAGAAAAAUAGCACCUCUACAUAUUAUUAUAGACACUUCACUGUUCAUAUUUUUGUUUUGUUUCCAUGCUACACAGGCUGCAGUUAAGUCAAAAAAUGUGCAGAAUUUUUGUUAGAUGAUUGUUGGUCACAGCUGAGUCACUAAUAGCUUCAUAGUUUCCCCAAUAAGUACAGAAUUUUUUGUUUUUUACAGAAUCCGGGUCGAGGGAAUGGUUCUUUUUUUUGCCAGUUUUAAAUAAGUGAUGUAGAUUUAAGUGAUUUUAAUGAAAGCUUAGAUCUUGUUGUUUUUCCUCAUGGAAAGAAAAAAUCUGAGGUUAAAUUUCUUUUUUUGUUGUUGUUUUAAAAAAAGUUUGAAAAAUGUUGGACAUCUUGAUUCAAGAUGUUUCCAAGAGCCCACAGGUGUUCCCAAAACUGGGAAGAAAAAUGGGGACCCUACAUGCUGUUUCACAUCUCUUACUCCUCACAUUUCUGAUUCGUUUCCGUACUACACUGCCUGCAGUUAAAGAGAAAAUUGCUAAUUUCUUUUGUCACAUGACUGUUGGUCACAUCUGAGUCACUAAUAGCUUCAUAGUUACACCAAGAAGCGCUGAAUUUUUUUUGUUUUUUACAGAAUCUGGAUCAAACAAAUGGUUCAUUUUUAGCAAAUUUUUAAACGAGAAAUGUACAUGAAAGUCAUUUUUGACAAAAUCUCAUAAUUUUAAUCUUAGAUUUUUCCAGAUUUAACUGUAUGCUGCACAAUACAAGUUAAAAACCAUGAGAAUGUUGAAAAAAUCACUAAAUCUCAUCAUUUCUGACUGAUAAAUGGUUUGUUAUUUUCCCUAAUGGAAAGAAAGAGAAAAAAAAACUAUGUUUGAAUUUCUUUUUUUUUUUUUUUUGAAAGUGUUGGACAUCUUGAUUCAAGACGUUUUGAAGAGCCUACAGAUGUUACCAAAACUGGGAAGUAAACUGGUGGCCCUACAUGCUAUUACAGAUAUUUUACUCCUUACAUUUUCAGUUUGUUUCCAUACUACACUGCCUGCAAUUCAAGCAAAAAAAAAGUUGUGGGAUUAUGUUUGUUACAUGACUGUUGCUCACAGCUGAGUCAUAAAUAUCUUCAUUGUUGCACCAAGACAUGCAGAAUUUCUUGUUUUUUACAAAAUCUAGGACAAAAUAAUGGUUCAUUUUUGCCAAAUGUUUAAAUAAUUCAUGUAGGUUAAAGUGAUUUAAUGAAAGCUUAGAUUUAGUUAUUUUUCCAAAUAGAAAGAAACAAAACACUGAGGUUGAAUUUCUUUUUUAAGUUGCUGUUUUUAAGAAAAUUUUAAAAAAUGUUGGACAUCUUGAUUCAAGAUGUUUUCAAAACCAAAACUGGGAAGUAAACUGGUGCCCCUACAUGCUACUACAGAUAUUUUACUCCUCACAUUUUCACUUUGUUUCUGUGCUACACUGCUUGCGGUUCAGGGGAAAAAUUGCGGGAUUUUUGUCACAUGACUGUUGCUCACAGCUGAGUCAUAAACAUCUUCAUGGUUGCACCAAGAAGUGUAUAAUUUUUUUGCUUUUUACAGAAUGUGGUUCAAACAAACGGUUCAUUUUUGGCGAAUUUUUAAAUGAGACAUGUAGAUUAAAGUGAUUUUUGAUGAAAUACCAUGAAUCUAAGCUUAGACUAGAGCUCUGUGUUGCACACGACAAGUUAAGACCAUCAGAAAGCUGAAAAAAAUCAGCUGUUUGUGACUCUGAUAAAUGUUCUAAUUGUUUCUACAUCAUUUACCAGCUGUUUCGGGGUUCAGAGGGUUAAAGGAGAAACACAUUUUUUCAGGUUUACCACGGCGCUAAACACCCAUAUGAGAGACAUCGGUUGCUGUAAUUGUUCCAUCUGCUCAUGCAUAAAGAGCUCCUGAUCCAGUCCCAGUGGACGAGACGAGGCCUUCUGGGUGGAAAAAUACGAGGCUUUGCUCGUUUGAUUUGCAGUGAAACUCGGCUCGGUGGGAAGGUGCUGCUUCAGGUAGCGUGAGGCAUGAAAUACGAAGCUGGGAGGCCUCAGCGUGGAACAGAUCCACGGAGUCUGAGGGCUUAACCGAUGUCUGCACACAGCGGUUGGUGGUCGAUACUGUGAGACAGCGCUGUGCAAGUCUGGAAAUUUAGCAUUUUAUCUUUUUAGAACGAGUAGAAUGAUCUGUAGCAGCAUUCCAACGUAGAGUUAUACGGUGCUACACGAGAAAAAACAUAAAAUAUCACACAAAUGCUUGUCUGUAAAGGUGUUUUUUUGACCCUCGUGUCGUCCUGUGGGUCAAAAAUGACCCAAAAUGUGGAAAAAAAUAAUAUUUUCACAGUGAAACUUCUGACGUCCAUAUUUUCAACAUUUUUGGGAAAUCUUUGAACAUUUUUGGUGGAAAAAAAAAUGUUAAAAAAAAUUUCUUAAGAGCAUUCCCUAAAAAUUUGCUGGAUUUUGGUAGAUUUUUUUUGAGAAUGCUUUUAAGAAAAUAUUAGACGUUUUACAAAUAUGUAUCUAAUUAUUUUAGAUAUUUUUAGGAUUUUUUGGGGAAGAUUUUUGCUCAUUUUUUGAAAAUAUUUACAAGAAUUUUCUUGCCACAUUUAGUGGAUUUAAAAAAAACCAAAACUUUUAAGGGCAAGUUUUAAGGAAUUUAGGGAAUUUUUUUGUUGAAUUUUUGGAUUUUUUUCAGACAAGGAAACAGUAUUUUUUGUGCCCGUAAAUGAAGACAACAGGAGGGUUAAAAGCUGAGGCACCGACUGACUUGUUCUGACUGUAAGGUUGAGGCUAAAGCAGUAAAAACAUGAUCCGUCUUUGUUUUAAAUGUGGACUAUAGGACAUUAAACAGCAGCUGAUCUUCUCAUCUGAGGUCUCGAGGAGCAGAACAAGGGGUUAAAAAGAUAUAGAGCAGAGCCAGAGCAGCAGGGAUUUAAAAGCAAUCAAGAGAGUCUUAAAUUGAAUUCUGUUACGAAUGGGGAGUCGGUGUAAUUGAGACAGGACUGGAGUUAUACGUUUCCUGCAUCCAGUUUUGAAUCGACUGUAAACAUGAAGCUGCUGCACCGUUAUUCAGGUGAAUAAUGGGCUGCAGGAGUCCACAUGAAAGGAAAUAAGAGAGUUUUUGGGUAGUAUUAGUUUGGUUUUGGUGAUAUUUCUGAUUUGUAGAUUCGUGUUGAUUUUCAGUGGUCUAAAGUGGGGAGUGAUCUGCUGGAAAUAUAAUCAGGAUUGAGAUUUCAGUCUUAUCUGUGUUAAAUUGUAAGAAAUAAGAAGGAAAUCCAGUCUUUGUAUGCAGCAGAGAUUCCAGAUUGUCGUGAUUUUCAAGGUUAAAUGAGACGUAGAAUGGGGAAUCAUCAGUAAAAUAAUGGCAGUACUUUUGGGGAAGUAAUCUCCAGAUGAUGUUGUAUUGAAUAUAUCCCAUAAUAUACCCCUUUUGAACCAAUUUAUAAAAGUCUCACUUGUCCCCAGAAUGUGUACUCGAAGUUUCAGGUCCAAAUACUGCAUAGAUUGUUGGUUUUAGCAAAAUACUUCUGGUUUUAGUGAUAUUCUGAAUUAGUUUCUGUGGCUUUCAGUUCCCCUGAGCUGGUUUGGCCCCGCCCCUUUCAGGAAGAAGACUCUCUGCAUCUACUCUGUCAAUCCAGUCUUCACAAAAUUAUGCUUCUAUACAAUUAAGGUACAAUCUCAUCUCUGUUCUGAGAGAUUACGUUUGUUUUAGUGCAUUAUAAACAGGCUGUUUAAUUGUCUCUAACUUAAAAUCCAGCUGAGAUGACGCCGUCCCCACCCCUUUCAGGAAGAAAACUCUUCUUUAUUACAUAUCUGUUUUUAAUCAACAUCGCUGCUUUUCAGUCGGCCAAUCAGCUGUUAGAUGGGGCAGGACUUGACAUUUUUUCUUAACACCAACAACCACGCAGUUUUCAUGCGUAAACCUGACCUGAAAGUGAGUUAAAAUCAACAGUAAACAACAGAAAAUAAAACUUAAAUCUGAGACUGAUGGUGCAAUCCAUUUUUCUACAUGCAAGGUAUCCAGUGAUUCACACAUGUUGCUUCUAACACAAAACAAGGAAACCGAUGUGCAAAAAAAUGUGCAAUAAACAUGCAAAUCAUCCUGGUUGAAGAAAUAAGAUGCAAAAUAUGUAGGGCUGGACCCGAAUAUCCGAAUAUUUGGUCGUGACGGUGGCAUUCGGCGAGCUGCGCACUACGCAACCGCGCGCACAUUUGUUUUGCUUGUGGAGGAGAGAGCAUCAGGGAUCAGCAACUUCCAGAAAAGUUACCAAUCCCACGGCUUGUCAGGCCAAGAGACUGCAGGACGUUUUUUGGCUCGGGGUGCUCGCGUCGCUCCCCGACCACGGCCUCCAUAGCCCGCCUGACGGCUUCGUUUAGAUGCCCGACCUCUGGAGGAAGAUGUUGGGGCGUCUGGGACAUACUCUUCGUCAGAGGAGUCAUGCAAUUCUGAACUCUAGAUAGAAAUAAAUAAACAAUCUAACACAUAUACACGCGUAAAUGCACUAAGUUUGAUAAACAACGUCAUCGAGAGGGAUACACGAGUGUAAUCACAUAUUGAAACUUUACUAGUUCGUCCUAGCAGAUUCAUGUUAUUUUGGUAUUAGGACAAGUUAGACUCAAUACAGCAUUCUAACGUAAUUCCUUUAUUAUUUACUAAAUGUACUAAAUGUAGAAGAGUGGAAAACAGCAAAACAGGCGAGAUGCUGCAGCACUCCGGGCACUUCUCUCAUGUACUGCGCGCGUGCACAAAUAAAGGGGUGAAAUCAGAGGGAGGGACCAACAGUGUUUUGGGAGACGCUGCGAUUCAAACUCCGGACAGCAGCUUUAAUGUUAAAAUGGCAAACUUUAAAGCAGAAAUAAACAUGUUACCACACCAAUAAAAAAAAACUGUUUUGGUUUCAAGAGCUAAUAUUCAGUUCAUGACAACUGUUCAGGUGUUUAAACUUUUAUAUAACCAAUACAGCCUCUAAAAAAUCCCGAACAACUACACUGCAUUCUCAACAUUUUCUGAUGGAUUGCAUUUGUAACAAACAGUUUUCAUCCAAGUAGUCAUGUAUUACACAGGGCCUGACUUGCCACUCUGGUAAUGCAGGGAAUGCAGAAAAACAUGUUGCAAUAGCAGUCUGCAUGAAUGGGCACAAUUUAUUACUGGACCGUGGACCAGUAAACAGUAAUUUUUUACUGGACCGAAACAGUUUUUCUGGACCGAAUAUUUUAUGCACAAAGUUGAUGUAUAAUUUAAUUUUAAUAAUUGUUAUACAAAUUUACUACUUUAUUAAUUAUGUUUGCAGGUAUGUAUGAAACCAAGAUCAAGAUUCUAGCUCAAGAAAGCCCCGAAACAGCCAAUGCGUAGGUUUAAAGAGUAGAAGAUAGAAACAAGUCAAAUUUUUUCCUAUAUGUUGUUAUUACACCUCCGGAGGCACGAACAUCAGAUUAACAGGGUCCCAGAUACAACACGACGCCAUGGGCGAAAAGAAAUUACCGUUUUUAUAUAGAAUAAACCAUACAAAAUUAACUAUUGGAUAAAGAAAAGCACUCAUAUGAGAUCAAAACAUAAAUCAUGUACUCAACCAUGCUAGAAGUACUAUAAAUCACAGAGCAAUGUGGCUGGGUCAAGCAGAGCAACCUUGUAGAAGUGAAAUGAGGUGUGGUUUAUUUAUUUUCUGUUUAUAUCAUGUGUUGUUAUCGUGUGAUAUCGCUAUUCACACGAGAACCUCUCUGAGGAGCAGCCCUCCCCAUCCGGACCGCACGCCGCUUCCCUUGCGCUUGCUGUGUGCUUUGACUUUCGGAGCAAGACGGCGGCGCUUUGUUCUGUUGCGCGGCACGGCGCAAUCGCAUUAUGUGGAACUUAGGGGUUACAGGAAAAAAAUUACACCGGACAUGAGACCAGUAAUGUAGUAAGUUUUACCGGACUUUUGGUACACAAAUUGGAUUUGACCGAUGGUCCGACGUCAUUGGCGCACACUGCAAUAGAGAUGUGUUUUAACCUUCGCUAUGCAUAGUUUUUGUGCCUAAACUUGACCAGACAGCGGAUCAAGACCGAAAGUAAACAGAAAGCAAAACUAAAGCCAAAGACGGAUGGUGUGUUUGUUUGAGAAAGCACAUUUAUUUAAAAAGGAAGCUAAAUGUUCCUGUAUUGAGAACACAGUUUAGUCUUAUACGGAUGUAAAUUAUGGGAGACUGGGUUGACUCUGUUGAGUGAUUGGCUGAAAGGAGCCACAAGUGGGCGGGGCUUAUCCUGUUAUGACAUCACAUAAGGCUGUUACACACUUUCUGAUCUUUGCUGACAGAAAACAAAGAAGAAGAUUGAAUUAGCUUCUAUUUUUUUGCAUUUGUAGACACAAAAUUAUGGUGAAAAACAAUGAAAAAGCAGAUUCUGGAAGAUAUUCCAUUUUAAAGGUCAAAUAAAUGUUUUUUUAUGCACAGAUAAAGCCAAUGAGAAUGUGACAUUAAUCUUCCCAAGUUACAGUCUUUUAUAUGCAAACUCGCUUUUUUUGUGUUUACAUAUCGUGCAAUCUGGAAACUUGCAUUUUUUUUAAAAUUUUUUUUAGCUCAAACUACCAAAGCCUUGUAUAAACUUGCAUAAAUUACACAUAAAGAGGAUUGUGGGUUUUGUGCAGCAUCGCUCUCUGUAUCAGUAUUUGCAGAAGGAACAAUUACAGAAAACAUUUAGCGCAGAUGUUUUGUGUUGGAGACCUGAAUGGAUGUGAAUGUGUACUUUGAGUUAACAGAAAUGCUCAUAAACUGGAUUUUUUUAAGGAC